AUGGCCUCCUCCGCAAACACCAUCUUCCGCGCCUCGCGUCCCCUCUUCCGUCAGGCUACCCUCGCCGCGCCCGCUCGACAGGCUUUCCGUCAGCGAACAUUCCGACAGAACUUCUACCAGGGCAGCGGCCGUCGAUGGCAGAGCACUGACGGCGCUCAGCAGCAGCAGCAGCAGCAGAGCUGGUUUAAGCGCAUGAUGGAGAGCGAGGUUGGCUUCAAGACUGUGCAUUUCUGGGCUCCUGUCAUGAAGUGGGCUCUUGUCCUUGCCGGUAUCUCCGACUUCGCUCGUCCCGCCGAGAAGCUCUCUUUCACUCAGAACCUCGCUCUGACCUGCACCGGUAUCAUUUGGACUCGAUGGUGCCUCAUCAUCAAACCCAAGAACUACCUUCUCGCCGCUGUCAACUUCUUCCUCGGAAUGGUCGGCCUCGUCCAGAUCACCCGAAUCCUCAGCUACGAGUCCGCAAAGAAGAAGAGCCUGGAGGGUGUCGUUGAGGACAUCAAGGCCGACGCCAAGGAGACCGUCCAGGAGGCCAAGCCUUAA